CUCCUCCCCUCCGCCGCCGCCCGCUCGUCAAAGCGAGCCUCCUCCGCCGCCCCUGUGUCCCCGCCCCUGCAGAGGAAGCCUCCGUGAAGCGCCACAGACGGAGACCAGAGCCCUGACGCUGGGUGGUGAAGCCAGGCCGAGACCCCGCACAGCCCCGCAGCACCGACAGUACCGACAGCCCUCCUCCGGUCCUCCUCGCCUCCGCUCGGCGGCCCGAACGACUACCCCUGCUCCUCCGACCUCCUCUCUCCGCCGCGCCUGGAUUUCAUCAUCCGACCUGCAAGAUGGGAAAUGAAGCCAGUUACCCCCUGGAGAUGUGCUCGCAUUUCGAUGCUGAUGAGAUUAAGAGGCUAGGGAAGAGGUUUAAGAAACUCGACCUAGAUAACUCUGGCUCGCUCAGCGUGGAGGAGUUCAUGUCGCUGCCGGAGCUGCAACAGAACCCGCUGGUGCAGAGGGUUAUCGACAUCUUUGACACGGACGGGAACGGAGAGGUGGACUUUAAAGAGUUCAUCGAGGGAGUCUCACAGUUCAGCGUCAAGGGCGACAAGGAGCAGAAGCUUCGGUUCGCCUUUAGGAUCUACGACAUGGACAAGGACGGCUACAUCUCCAACGGCGAGCUCUUCCAGGUGCUCAAGAUGAUGGUAGGCAACAACCUGAAGGACACGCAGCUCCAGCAGAUCGUGGACAAGACCAUUAUCAACGCAGACAAGGACGGAGACGGCAGGAUAUCCUUCGAAGAGUUCUGUGCAGUGGUCGGCGGCCUCGAUAUACACAAAAAGAUGGUGGUGGACGUGUGAGCGCCCCCCCGCUCACUGGAUCCCGCCCCGCCCCCCCUUCCUCCUCGACACUCGCUUUCUCCACCAUCUCUGAAGAUCUGCUCAAGACGUCCGGCAAAACGCUCACUAUGUAACUCAAUGGAAGUAUUCUCUCUCUCUCGCUCUCUCUCUCUCUCUCUCUCUCUCUCUCCUUCUCACUCUCUCUCUCUCUCUCUCUCCUUCUCACUCUCUCUCUCUCUCUCUCCUUCUCACUCUCUCUCUCUCUCUCUCUCUCUCUCUCUCUCCUUUUAACUCUCUCUCUCUCCUUCUCACUCUCUCUCUCUCUCUCUCUAUCCUUCUCACUCUCUCUCUCUCUCUCUCUCCUUCUCACUCUCUCUCUCCUCUCUCUCUGUGAAGCCACUUUUUUCUUUCACAAACCACCGGCCUCUGAAGUGUUGUUGAGCUGGAAGUCCUCGAUGACGCGGUCGUAGCGCUUCAAGAGAUUGAAGGACACCGAUCCGACUUUUGGAUGAGGGGGGGAGAAAGGCGGAGGGGGGGGGCUCAGUGAGGCGGCUGGUUGGCUUGUUCAUAUUUCAUCCUUCGUUCUUUUUUUUUUUAAGGUUAUUUUUGAUAUUUAUUUUUUGUUCUUGUCUUUUAUAAAGAAGAAAAAAAUAUAUCUCCGGUUGUCUGGCGAGGGGAAGUGUGUAGUACGUGGACACUUGACUUACAGUACAACUAGACCUUAGGGUAUGAAGUGCCAACCAGAACAUAUCCAGAAACCCAGUUAUUACCCACCACCACCAGUCAUCUCGCCGCGACACUUCCAGCUGCACGAGUCGGGUUUCAGACGCAGAACAACAUUUCAGCUGCGUCUUCUUUCUUUGGUUUGCUCUCCUCUAUUUCAGCUUCACACACGAGCCGUUAACCAUUAGACCAGUUCAGCUUCCAGUCGCUCUUCGCAAAAAGCAAUUGGUUCUCUUUCUUUUUGUUCUUUUGUAAUAAGAUUAGCUAGUUUUAUUUAUACGUACGAUUGUGUUUGUAUUGUUGGAGACUCUCCUUGUUUCUUGUCAUGAUAAUAGAUUCAAAUAAAAUGCCAAGACGAUGUCUUUUCAACACAAUCUGUGGCUGCAGAGCGAAACCUGGUUUACUCUCGAUGAAGUAUUGUGCGUUUCUCCCGACGCUUCGUGGAAAUCGUUAAAAUUUCAAGACCUGUUUUUGGGACAGCGGCUGGACACUGAGGGGAAUAGUUCAAGAGUGAGAUUUUACAUUGUUUGUGCAAGUAUAUAGGAUUUUAAGAGACUUAUCUGCAGGCAGCGUUUUUUAACCAGUAUGUGUAUAUUAGGUGAUCAAUGUGCUCGUCAUCUUUCACAGCGACAGGAGAAGGCAGCUCUGCCUCAGCUUAACGUGAGCCCCUCUGGAUUCUUACCUUCUCAGCCUCGCGCAGGUCGGCUCGGUUUCUCAAACGCAAAACACUUAAAAUCUUAACUUGUUGGCAUGAUCAGUGUGCAAUGGGAUAGACUGUAUAUUGUAGUUAGGUUCUUUUUCUUUUUUGAACGUGUACAUUUCAGAAGUUGGCUUCUUCUCCCACCUUUUUAGUUUCUGUCACAAUCACCUCAUUUCUCCCUCUUCCACCCACUUCUACAAAACAGGGAGAAAAACUAAAUUUUAACCAAAAUGUUAAUUUCUAAGGGAAAAAUGCUUCCUACUAUGAAUGGCGUUGGGAUGGCUUUUUUUGUGUUUGGCUUCGGAGGCCGCCCGCCGGUUCGAUCGGGGGGGGUUUCGGUCAGAGAUGUGAAUCCGGAGUGCUCUGUGGUCCCUCCUCCCAAAGCUCUGCACGGCUUGGGCCUCCCUGUGCUUGCAUGACAUGGAAAUAUAUUUUUUGUUGUGCAUGUAGAUCAAUUUUUUGAAAUAAUCCUCUUGUUUACACAUGGAUGGUGAUGUUAAUAUAUUUAAGAAUUUAAUGGUAUACAAUAUGGAUGUUGCCAAACUUUGGUAAAUGUACACAUAAUAUGAGAGGUAAUCCAAAUGAACUGAACUACAUGUAACUUUUUGUAUUUUUACCCGGGUCAGUGAGAUGCUUCUAUUCCAGUGAAGGUUGCACAUCUGAUCCUGUCUCAAACUGCCACGCACUGUACUCAGCUUAAAGGGGAAACUUUUAUGUUUUUUUGUUUCUUUCUUUUGUAUAUAAGUAUUUGUUAAAUGCAGUUCUGGCUCUCUGUUCUCUGUAUAGUUCAGACCGCGCUUUAGUUUGUAAGUGCUACUUCUUCUCUGACGGACUUUGGGUUCUUUUUAGUUUGUGUGGGGAUAUAUGAAAAGAUUUAAGUUUGAGAACCUUUUCUUUUUCCCUUUUUCUGCAUGCUGCAUCUUAUGCUGUGGGACUGUUGGAAACUUGAUACUGUAUGAAAAUUAAAUAAAAUUUAAAUAAACUUUGAAAUGUUGAAAGUAA